AUGGUCGGGAUUGGUGGAAGAUUUGAAUCGAACUCUUUCAUCGAGGACAAUUACUAUCGAUUCGAUUUCGUCAAGAACAACUGUAAUUGCCGAAGUGAACCGGAUAAUAAACGAGUAAUUACUGUUCAAGGAGUCGACGUCGAAGAGAAGGCAAUGGCGAAGGCGGGUGACGACGAACGCAAAGUGAAAUUGAUGGCUCAAAGAGAAAUCGAUUGGGUGAUGAUUGAUUAG